AUGGCUCUGUUACCUCGCAACGCAACCAGGACAACAAGGGGGAGGAGGACAACCGACAGGAAGAUAACAACCUCUCGUUUUCUUUUCCCUCGCAUCUCCCUCGAAAACAUUGGACUACGAAGGCCUCCAUCCCCAGUCUGUAUCGUGCGCCCUCAUCUACGCGCAAUUCCUCCAACCAAUUUGGCUCUAAUUGAAAGGACUAGGGGCAUGAGGUUUGCUACCGCGGUGCCAGACUCGUACAUCAGACUCACCAGACAACCACCCCGCAGGCGCAGGAAAAAAGCGCGUUCGAAGAAAUCUCCUCUCAAGGAUCAACCAUUUUCUAAACGCUGGGCUUCUGCUGCGGUAAAUGCCUUUCGUCCCUUGAGUAAGCGUGAGAACGACCUUGUUCCAGCUAAAAAGUUACGUCGCACUGCGAACGACACUAAGAUGGGCGGAAAACGAAAUCGCACACGCCAGACAUCGCCAUUUCCAAUGCCACCGGUGAGAAUGUCGAGUUUACGCACAGCCAAGUCGCUUCCUAUCUCCGCUGCCCACAGAAAAAUGUCCGCUGAGAAACCUCUUCCCUGCCCGCCAACGGCAGAUGUACCAAAUCUCCCGGCUAGUCCUGGGGCCUCUAAAAGUAGCUAUGAGAAUAUCACUGAUGCACAGAGUCGCCCUCGUCGUGAAUCCCAGUCGGGGAAAGCUGAAGUAUCCGAGAAGUGGCCCGUUUUAUCACCAUCCAAAGUGCAACACUCAUGGGAACCUAGUGAUAUCAUUGAGGAGCGCAAAGGGCCCCAAGUUGCGUCAAUGCUAACCGAUCAUGAAGCUUCUCCUAUCUCGGUCAUUGAAGCUAUUCAACAUAAGAAACAAGCCACUCCUCUCAAAACUACUACACGGCAAACUCGUCUCCGAACUCCGUCUAAUUGGGCUGCUCAUUCUCACCCUGAGAAUACUUUUCAGGAAGGGGAUCAAGGUGCUUCAGUGGAGAGGGCAUUUCAAACCAAUUCGCCAGUUAUGAACACGAUGUCACCUCCAAGCAACCAGAUUUCAGUGUCACAUCCACUGGAGCUUAAUCCUGAGUUGACGGUUGCAACACCACCUACCGGGAUGGGAGACAGCGUCACUCCUAAACCAAAUCCGUUCCGCAACCGCCAUAGACCAACUUCAUCCCCUCAAGAGGUUUCGCCACCUGUACGACACGAUAGCCUUAGGGAAUUUUCGUUUGACUUUGGGUCCAAUUACCAAAACGCAAAGUCUGAGCAGAUUUACGGUGGUCAGAAUGACGUGAUUGCUGAUAUCCCAGGCCGUGAGGAGACUGCAAAGAGUUGUGUCACUCCCCGUAAUGGAUGCGGCACCUCCAGGAUUCCUCGCAUAUCUCCACAGGUGCCAACUCCUCCUGCCACUGGAGAAGUCGCUGGGGGCCCUUCGAGCGGAUUGAAGAAGCAAAAAUCACCCAAUCGUCGUAGCUCAAUUCCUGUUCCCAGCAGAAUGUUGCAUGGGAAGGAUAAAUCGGAUGGCAGUGCGCUGUUUACCAUGACAAACCCUCUGAGAACCAGUGAGAAUCUUGCUUCAGUUGAUGCCGAAACAAUAUAUGAAAACAAAGAUCUCGGGGACGCGCGUGGUGUUGUACACCAGAACAUUACUAGGGUCGAUGAUCCCAACGCCACCGGUAAUAUCGAGACAUACGUUCAGAAUGAGAGAGGUGAACAUCCGGGAUCUCCAAAAUCUCAGCCUGAUGAGUACAGAGUGAGGAAUUUGUCUGUUCCGGGUCGUCGUGGGCUCCGGCUCCGCAUUUUGCCAGAGGCUGACAGCGUCAUCAUGGGUAUUACUGCUAAUGCGCAAGCAGGGCCAUCUGAGCACUUGGAUGGGAAACGUGCUAAGCGUCUGUCUGGUGCAAAGAGACUGUCAGGAGACAGCAUCUUCGGUAGCUUUGCUCCAAGAUACCUUCUGCAUUCGCAAUCUAGUAAUUCGUUGCAUCUCUCCUCCUCGCCUUCUACACUUGCGGAGGAAAAAGCGGCCAAAGAACGAAAACUCAAAAAGGCUAGAAGCACAGAUGCUGCCUACGCAAAUUUGAAAAGAAGUCAACAAGUUAGAAAAUUUAGCACGAAUCCUUUCUACAAUAAUGGAAUCGGAGGAACCGUGCAAUCUCCUGGGAUGUUCAAUGAUAGAUAUCCAUAUUUGAAUAACGGUGACUUGGACCCUCCUCGUUACUCAGAAGCGGAUGCAGGGAUGAGUCAAGGAUACAAGCCUUCAUCUCCACUUGCUGAAAGCACAACCCUCAUCGAUGAUAAUAACGUCAUUUAUUCCCAGCCCAGAUCCCACAAAAAGCACACGGUUCCAACCCCUCUGAACUCGCAUAGCUCCGUGGACCAGUUGCUUAAUAAUAAUAGCAACGCAUCUUCCAGCGAGAACGUGGCAAGCCCAAGUCUCCGUCAUCAUAGUUCGUCGUUACGCUUACCUCACCAUUCUACAUCCCGCCAGCACUUGGUUGACCACGGAAGCCACGGCAAAUCGAAACUGAAAAAUAUUGCACCUGAUAUUGUGCACCCGUCAUCAUCCACCGAGUCGGCACCAAAGGGUGAGACCGAGGUUCCCCGUAGGAAGCAUAGGGAAUCACCACCAUCAAAACAUCGUUCCACUUCGACAAUCCAGGAGCCUUCCAAGGCCAAAUCAUCAUCCACGAAAGGCGGUGUCUUGUCCAACUUCCGUGGCCUCUUCAUGAAACAGAAGGUCGAACCCAUGAAUACAACUAUAAGCGCAACGGCAUGUACAACCGCAUCCGGCUCAACGCUGACAGCUAAACGCAAAGAUCUCGAACGAGUCAAGGCAUCAAAUAGCGGGAUAUUUAGUACCGGAAGUCCCAUGGAACGUUCCUCUAGUCGUCGUAUACGGGGACGUUCCCGCCCCAGCAAAGACGACAACAUGAAGCCGAACACAACAACUUCUCUGGAUGUCAGUGGGGAUCAUUCCCGUCAAUCAUCCGACGGCCUUACAGUCGCAUCUCAGAUGGCUCGUUCUCCAGCUCUUUCUGGGCUUAGAAAUGUCAGCCAUCAGUGUGUGCAGAUCUUGGAUUUAGCUCGCGAUGAGGCAAAUCAUUCUAAAAAGGAGACACUUAUCAAGCUCGGCACAAUGCUCGUUGAAGCCGUCAACUACUCCAAUGAUGCUGAGCGUGCCAUGUUAGCCGCUGUCCAGGCUGCCAAGGAGGCCGAAAUCGCCUGUGCCCGGGCCAAGGAAAACGCCAUGAGAAUGGGUCAGGUUGUUCAGAGAAUGGACAGAGCAUGGUAA